AAACAAAGUUGUGUAGUCAAAGAGAAGACGUUGUGUUUUGUAAAUGGUGCGGGUUAACAGACAGUGAUUUUAGUUGCUCGUCGUACGUUGCAAAGAAUAGUUUAAUAAAUUUUUUUAUUAUUGACAAAUAAUUUUUAAAAUCAUUUCUGUUCGAGUGUUGUGCCAGUACAAAGGAAGUAAUCGUUGAAAUGUCUUCAUUUAAAUACAAGCUAGGUAUAAACGAAUUAUCAUCAAAGAAACAGCGCAUUUGGAAUGCAUUAAUUGCAGAAUUUGUUGGCAUCUUUUUCUUAAACUUCUUCGGCUGUGCAUCAUGUACCUCUAACAACAAAACAAUGAUCUCAUUCGCAUUCGGUCUAGCAGUUUUUAUGGCUGUGAUGGCCAUCGGUCACGUUAGUGGUGGUCACAUCAAUCCAGCGGUGACAAUCGGAAUGCUGGUAACUGGUAAAAUAUCGUUCGUACGAGCAAUUCUGUACAUUAUCGUUCAAUGUUGCGGUGCAAUUGCUGGAACAGCUGCCUUAAAAUCUCUAAUUCCGGAGGAAUUCCACAAUGGCUUGGGUCAUACAGAUCUGACGGGUGUACUUCCCGCUCAAGGACUCGGAAUCGAAUUCUUCCUUGGCUUCGUCCUUGUGCUUACCGUAUUCGGUGUCUGCGAUGAGAAUAAACCAGACUCAAGAUUUGUUGCUCCGUUAGCAAUUGGCUUAACAGUAACAUUAGGACAUUUGGGCGCAGUUGGAUUUACAGGUGCAUCAAUGAAUCCCGCACGAACGUUUGGAACUGCCGUGAUACGAAAUGCCUGGAACAAUCAUUGGCUCUACUGGGUUGGACCGAUUUUGGGAGGAAUUGGAGCGUCCCUACUCUAUACCCAAGUUCUCAGUGCACCGGAAGAUGAAAAUGUAGCAGAGAAAUAUCGUACUAAUGCCAGCGAUAAAGAGAUGAAGCGAUUAGAAGGCUUUUAACAAACGAGAAUUGAACGUUUAUCAAGCUCAGCUUCCUGACAAUCUUAUUUUUCAUCGAUCCUACUUCUGUUGUAAAUCUGAACUAGAAACUAAAUUUUAAGGCUUAUCAUCCACCAAUGCGUGCAGCUUGAAGCACAACAAGAAUUUUCUUUUAUUUUAACUCUAAGAAAUUGCUUUAACCUUAAGCGUAAGUUUGUAUUAUUUUUCGAAUAAUAAAUGUCGUCGAAUACGUAAUACUUCUGUUGA